AUGCAGAUCCACCCACAUGCCCGGCCUGCCAAUCCUACACAUUGCACUCUGGCAGACAUGAGAAUAUUAUCAAGUGGGAUAGAGCAGUCUUAUUCUCUCUCAUUUGACGCAUUCUCAUGUCUUCUCUCCCGCUUCGAAGACUUGGCUUUUGUCCCGGUCUUUGCUAGUCGUCCCGAAGAUGCCAACUUCCCUUUGGCCUCCUCAUUCUCGCAUGUUGAGCUGAAGUAA